AUGGAUAGAGCCAUCAUUUGGAAUGCCCGUGGGGUGGGCAAUUCGCCUACCAUGAGAUCUUUAAAGGAUCUUAUCCGGACGUACAAUCCAUGCUUUAUUGCUAUUCUGGAGCUAAUUUUGAGAGAAGAUAGAAGAGUCGCUAUUGGGCUGAAGCUCAGAUUUCACUCCUCGCUAUCUAACUACGAGGAAGGGGGUAAAGUCUGGGUUUUUCACCACCAUUCCCUUAAUAUAACUGUUGUUAAUUCGUCAGAUCAAAUGCUUUUGCUAAGUUUGUCAUUGCAGGUUCUUAAUGAGCUAACAUACAUAUCCAUUGUCUAUGCUAGUUGUAACAGGAUUCAGAGGAGAACUCUAUGGAGAGAGAUUUCUAAUCUGGCCAGCUCGAUUCGCCGGCUGUGGGUAAUUGGAGGGGAUUUCAACGCGGUCUUGAAUGCGAACGAGAAACUGGGAGCCCAGAUGGCUGACACGAAUAGCUCGGCUGACUUCUUUGAGGUAGUUCAGGACUCCUCUUUACAGGACGCAGGCUUUUCUGGCAACAGGUUUACAUGGUGCAACAACAGAGAGGGGGCAGUGCGUGUUUGGGCUAGGCUGGAUAGAGUGCUAUUCAACAUCUGUUGGGGGGCUAUUUUUUCAUCCUUCCAAGUUCAGCAUUUACCAACGAAUAAAUCUGAUCACGCUCCUUUGUUGGUCUCUUUCCCUAGCAAUUUCUAG